AUGCUGUGGACGUCAGACAAAAUUAAUUUUGAACAUGCUCACCAGAAGUUAUGCAAAACGAUUCCCUCUACAAAAAUAGUGUGGGGAAUAGUCAACAAUGCAAGUAUUGCCUUCGUCGGCGCCGUGGAAUGGGUCCCUUUAGAGAACUUCAAGACGAACGCAGACGUAAACUACUUGACUUGUUUCUGCAACGAAGACUUUCUUGCCUCUUAUCCGAAGGUUGAAAGCUCAUACGGCGCCACGCAGUCCGCUGUGGAAGGCUUCUCUGAUCGCCUCAGGCUGGAGAUGAAGAAGUCUGGCUUGAAAGUGUCCUUGAUCGAGUCUAGCAGUUAUACCAGAGCCACGCAGCUGCUGACGAAAAAGGUAAGUCGCCAGGCAGACGAAUACUGGGAAGGCUCGAGUGAGGAAGUAAGAUCGGCUUACGGCGAGAAAACCUUCCGAAGAGCCUAUGAAGGAUACAUUAACCACGGGGUGAGUCUUAAGGUUCAUUAA